AAAGCAGCAUCUGGUUCCAAAAACGGUAUUGUUAUAAUACGAAGGAUGGUUAUUAGAUGAAUUUGCAAGCAUUGUCUCUGUAACUGACAAGACAGUCUUUGAUCAAGCGAGAGGCAUGGCUUACUUGGGACUUGGUUCCAGCGAGAAGGAUUUCUUGAACGAUAUCUUUAGCCUUGACUACUCUGAGGAGGCCGAGAGAGGAAGUUGGGAUAUCAAGAAUCUUAAUUUCACAACCGGUCUUGUUACGAAUGGCAGUAAUACGGUCUCCGUUGAUUCCGAUUAAGAAACCG